AUGAGACUACCGGUAUACAGAUACUCCCAGAGCGGUGUGACCUUCACUCGUUCUAUUGUGGAUGUCUCUGACACAGGCAGCUACACAUGUGGCCCCUGCUCUGGCUUCUACAAGAGCCGCUCCAUCAGUAUCACUGUAGUUGUACUACAGAAGCCAAGUCUUUCACUGGAAACCAGCAGAGAGGUUCCUUGGGGUCAGUCUGCCCAGAUGAGAUGCUCCAUCUCCACACAGCACCUGGGUGGUACAUUCACCCUACAGCAGCUCAAUGGGUCAUUUACAGAGACAGUGGAAGACACUGGAACUUCUGCCAAUUUCACCAUUCCUCAAGUGGACUUUACCCACGAAGGAGCUUUCUACUGCCAGUAUCAAACAAGGGUUUCCAGACGUAAUUUCACUUCCCCCCAAAGUGAUACUAUCAGCCUCUCUGUAAUAGUGGUUCUUGUGCAGCCCAACAUCUCUCUCAGUGCCCCAGAUGGAGGGCUGUUCUGGGGGCCUCAGGGGCCAGAGGUGACCAGGGGCCACAGCCUCUCCCUCAUCUGCUCUACUGAGCCACAGCACCAAGGAGGCUCCUUCCACCUCAUCUUUAAUGGGUCUAACAGCACCAGGACUCAGCUCGCCAUCAACCACUCAGCCUCCUUCUACAUUCCUGAGGCAGACUACUCCCACCAGGGCAACUACAGCUGUGUCUAUGAGGUCACUGUGUCCAGCCGCACCUUCAAGUCAACACAGACAGCACCACUGACAGUCGUCGUAAGAGGUUCUGCACACAGAUAUGGAUUUCACAAUGGAGCUGGUGGGUUAGCUGAUGAAGAUGAGAACAUCUAUGUGAACGCAGCCUUGCCUGCUGACCAGAGGGAUUGCGGUAAAGACAUGGAUGGAGAUCUGGAAGAAAACUGAAGAGCCGUAUGGCCCAACUGCUACAGAUAACGACUAUUGAAGAGGAUGACGUCUAUCAAAGCUAUAACUGAGACUUGUCUGGUGCGUGUGGAUUUAAAAGCGGUUCUGUCCGUAUCCCGGUCCUGAGACUCUGUUCACUUGUAGUCCUCUACUGGCCCUCUCUGUGUUUUGAUCGUCUCUGGCUACCGUUGCUUUGGUCCACCAUGUGCUUUCUCUCCUUCCUGCUCAUUUUUAUCACCACCUUCCACAUUCUGGUUGCUACCCACCCUAUUGAACCUAUUGCUCUGUCUGUGAUUCUUUGUCAGACUAGAUUUCUUAUUCAGGUAGCCACUUACGGUCUUACAGUAAUGCAUGUUGAGCUUCACACAGUGCCAAAAUACAUGCAUGAAGUCCAACAUGCUUGACCUCAGCAAUUUUAUCGGUGCGUCUCAUUUAAAGUUACAUGUAUAACAAUCUUUCAAAGUUUGAUUUAUUUGUUUUCUGAUCGUUAAGAAUUAAAAUGUAUAUAAAAUUAUAUUGUGUCUAGAUUUUACUGCUUUCUUCAAUCACUUACAGUUUCUGUAUCAAUUCCUUUGGUGAAGCUAAAUAAACUAUUAUAUCAUUUAA